AUGACUGAUCCAGCUCCUAAUAAUGAAUCACAAAAAACUUUAUUCAGACAAUCUAAACCCAUCAGGGCAUUAAGAUCUAUGUUUGUUUGGUAUCCAGCAAACUAUUCAAUUGAAGAAAGGAAACUAUUGUUUAAAUUAGAUUUAAUCAUCUUGGUUUAUGGAUGUACUUCAUUUUUUGCAAAAUUUCUUGAUCAAACAAAUAUAACUAAUGCUUAUGUCUCAGGAAUGAAGGAAGAUUUAUCAUUAUAUGGUAAUGAAUUAAAUUGGUUAAAUAUUACAUAUUUUUCAGGUUAUGUAUUGGGUCAAAUUCCAUUUCUUUUAUUAAUGUCACGCCCCAAAAUUUCAAAAUAUGUUUUACCAACUCUUGAAAUUUUUUAUGGAGUAUGUACAUUUGGUCAAAGUCGUGUCACAAAUGUUGAUCAAUUAUAUGCUAUUAGAUUCUUAGUUGGUUUCUGGGAGAGCCCGUCAUUUGGCGGAAUUCACUAUAUAUUCUACUACAACGUUUAUAAAUAUUUAAAAAGAUAUUCUAACUUUAUAGCUAAAUCAAUUGUAGAGCUUAAACAAUAUUGA